ACAUCAGUGAGUUUGGGGAACAUACUUAGCUGGAGUUACGACUGGUGAUUAGAUUGAUAAAAAAAACGAUCCCCGGCUUUCUGCCAACUGUUUUAACUUAGCUACGAGGAAAAUAUAUAAUUUGAUUCCAGAAACUGCUCAUCCAAUUGUAAAUAUUACGGUUCCGAAUUUUCAAUGUCGUGAGGGACUGAGAGCUACGUAAAAAGAAGAUGAAGUGGUCGUGGAUUUUACCACUCGUUGCUGGAUUCUCCGUGGUUAUUGCACAAAUUAAAGGACCUAGUGAGAAAAAAGUAUUAAGAGUGCCAACAAAUUCUUUAGAACAUCCAGAAACGCCAAGAUUAAAAGAAAAGUUCAAAAUGGAGUUGUGGAUGCUGCUUUCUUUAUUCUUUUAUGUAAAAGUUUCAUGGAGUUACUCCAGAAUGCAAAGAACAGAUUUAUUGAUGCGUAUAGUUAGUGAAAAGGAUUUAGAGAAUCCGCCAAACUAUGAUAAGUUUGACUCUGAUAAAAUUACAGUCAUCGAGGCUGACUUGAACGUAAACAGUUUCGAUUCCAUCAAUGAAGCUAACAUGGAUUUUAGAAUUUCUGUAAUGUUACACUUACGCUGGAUUAACACCCUAAUAACGAAAAAGUUUUCGUCGGUGAAAAGCACGCUGGAGUACGUAGAACUAGACGCUACUAAGAUGGGACGCCUCUGGGUCCCGGACUUGUAUUUCCCAAAUGAAAAACAGUCCAACUUCUUCAACGUAAUGACGGAUAAUAAGAUGAUGAGAUUGCACCGCAAUGGGACGAUUGACUACACCACUAGAAUUGCCUUAACACUGUCUUGUCCUAUGAAUUUGGAAAGGUUCCCAUUUGACAAACAAACGUGUUCAAUUAAAAUAGAAAGUUUUGGCUAUACCACCAGCAGUAUACAGCUGAGGUGGUCCAAUAUUUCUGAAAAUGCCGUCGCUCUGAAUCAGACCAGCCUCCCUCAGUUUGAGGUCACCGGAAGGAAUUACUCAUUUCGGGAAAGAACCCACAGAUUUAGAGGAAAUUUCAGUUAUCUUCAAGCUGACUUUCAUUUGGAACGCAAUAUUGGUUAUUACAUGAUACAAAUGUACAUUCCGAGUCUCCUGAUUGUUUUAUUGUCAUGGGUGUCGUUCUGGCUUAAUGUCAACUCAGUCCCAGCCCGAAUUUCCUUGGGUGUACUCUCAGUUCUCACAAUAACUACCCAGAGUUCUGCAGUGAAUGCGUCACUUCCUCGUGUUUCUUACAUCAAAGCAAUUGACAUCUGGAUGACAACAUGUCUUGUUUUUGUAUUUGCGGCGCUGAUUGAGUUCUCGGUGGCUAAUGUACUGAGUAGAAAUAACAAGUCAGAAAAAGAAUUUCUUCAGAGUAUAUUUCGAAUGACAAAAAUUGGCCGAAUAGAGAAAGAGAAAAAUGGUAAUGAUGUCACAAAAGGUCUGCGUCAUCGUCGACAGAGUCAGUUAGACGGAGAAAAGAAAGAUCUUAUUGUGAAUGAGUUUGGUAAUGUCAACUUAAAGACGGAAGCCAAAGAGAAAACAGAAAAACUCCAGGAAAACAAGGGACUAGCCUACGCAUCCUAUCUAGAUGUGAUCUGCAGAGUCCUAUUUCCUACAAUAUUUGCCAUUUUUAACAUUAUAUAUUGGGUUUAUUUUUGGAAACUAACCGCGUAAACUACUAAUCAAUGUUUAUUGAUUAAUCAACAAUGAUGUGUAGUUAACUAAAUACAUGUAGAUUAACUUCAUAAUUUUGUUAUACAGACAUACAUUAUGAAGAAUUUGUCUUUUGAGCGUCCAUAUGUGUUUUGUAGAUGUUUUUGGUAUUUUGUUUUUAAUGUGUAAUUCGAUUGAGAUGUUAUAGUAAAUUUCUUUGUUUGUUGUAAGUACAUAUACAUUUUAUUGGAGAUAAAGUACUUCCUAUUUUUCUUCCAGUAUGUAAGGACCACCAUUAUUAUCAUCAUCAUCCGUCCUCAACAUUAAGAGUACAGUCUUUCCACAUUUGUUGAUAAGUACUAUCAUUCAGACCCCUAGAUGUACCAUGUUUACUGCUAUGAAUAUUCCUAGAUCUAAUAUCUACAUGGAAUAAUUAUAGCCUUUACACAAUUGAAACAUUUACAUGAGAUCAUUUUGAUAACCUGUAUGUAGAUUUACUAUGUAGUAUACUUAUGAUUCAAAGUUCUUGUUUUAUGAUCAAAUACAUAUUCAUAACUCAGAUAUGUACAUGAGCAUGUUCGAGAUAAUUAAAUGAGAUAUUAUUUUAGAUUAUUCAUUUAUUAUAUUUUUUUUUACUUGUGAUAUGCGUAUGUCAUAUAUUUGUGGUCAUUUUCUACACGUUUUUGGUUUCAUCACUAACGUUUAUUUUUGCUGUCGAUUGUAUAAGUACUAACAAUUUAUUUAUU